UGAGAUGAGAUGGGAUAUGAUAUGAUGAAUGCUAGUACUAUUGUAUCUAAUUACCUUAGAUCUUUUUUUAUUACACAUUAAAUUGGAAAUCUUGUUCAAUAUGUCAUCGUUGCAAGUUGUUUCACUAGGGACGAACAAUCUCAAGGGAUCCUUACCACGCGAGAUUGGCAACUUAACCAAGUUGCAAUUUUUAUAUCUUCACGGAAAUAGGUUUACUGGUGAAAUACCCAAAGAGAUAAGAAAUCUCAUUGAGUUGGAGGUACUUAAUCUUGAGUUUAAUAGUUUUAGUGGUUCACUUCCAACGGAGAUCUUCAACAUAUCACGACUGAGAAAUAUUGCUCUAUCAGGCAAUAAUCUAUCAGGAACUCUACCACCAAACAUAGGUUCUACCUUACCCAACAUUGAAAUACUUUAUUUGCAUGGCUUAACCAAUCUUGUUGGGACUAUUCCUCAUUCUAUCUCCAAUUGUUCAAAGCUUACUGAUCUAGAGCUUUCACAAAACAAACUCAGUGGCUUAAUACCCAAUUCUCUUGGAUAUUUGACUCCUCUAAACUUCCUAAACUUGUGGGGAAACAAUUUAACCAGUGAUUCAUUUUUAAGCUUCCUCACUUCCUUAACCAAUUGCAGAAAUUUAAAAUAUCUUAAUCUAUCUUUGAACCCUCUAAAUGGCAUUCUUCCGGUAUCCGUAGGGAACUUCUCCAUAUCUCUUAUAAAGUUUGAUGCCAGUGCUUGCCACAUCAAAAGCAAGAUUCCAAAUGAAGUUGGAAACUUAAGCAGCUUAUUAGACCUUCAUCUUUCUGAUAAUAACUUCAUUGGAUCAAUUCCUACAUCAAUUCACAACUUGAGAAGCCUUCAGCGCCUGGACUUGAACAACAACAAGCUUACGGGAUUUAUUGGAGAUAAUUUAUGUAAAUUGCAACAUUUGGGAGAUAUUUACUUGGCUCAAAAUCAACUUUCAGGAUCUCUCCCUAAUUGUUUAGGGAACGUUACUUCCCUUAGAUUGAUAUAUCUUGAUUCCAAUAAAUUGAGUUCCAAUAUACCAACAAGCUUGGGGAAUCUUAAAGAUCUAAUAAAGCUUGACUUAUCAUCAAACAACAUGGUUGGUUCUUUACCUCCGGAAAUUGGAAUCUAAAGGCUGCGAACCAGAUAGACCUAUGGAUGAAUCAAUUCUCAAAUGGAAUUCCUAGAGAAAUUGGAGGAU